AUGUGGGCUGGAAGAGUCUUUCUUUCUGCUCUGGCAGCUUCCUUGGUGACGGGCUCACCUCUGAUAAAACGGCAGUUUGCCUAUGGGUCAACACCCGUACGAGGCGUCAAUAUUGGGGGCUGGCUCGUGCUUGAACCGUGGAUCACGCCGUCCAUCUUCGAACAGUUUGGCAACAGCAUCGUUGACGAGUACACUCUCUGCCAGCAAGCUUCCAAUGCCGAGGAAAUCCUGCGGAGCCACUGGGAUAGCUGGGUGACCGUAGGUGACUUUCAGAAGAUCGCCAGCAAUGGGCUCAACCUGGUGCGCAUACCCAUAGGUUAUUGGGCUUUUCAGAAGUAUGAACAAGACCCAUAUAUCCAAGGCGCCGCGGAUUACCUCGAUGCAGCCAUCAGCUGGGCUCGACAGACCGGCUUGAAGGUCUGGAUUGAUCUCCAUGGUGCGCCGCUGUCACAGAAUGGCUACGACAAUUCAGGCCAGCGCACCUCAACACCGGGCUGGACUUCCGGGGAUUCUAUUGACGCCACACUGGGGGUGAUAUCUCAGAUCUCGCAGAAAUACGGGACUUCGGAGUAUGCCGAUGUCAUUGCAGGCAUUGAGUUGUUGAACGAACCUUAUAUGCCCGGUCUGCCGGGCGGCAGACCAGCAACUCAAGGAUUUUACCAGUCUGGCUUCGACAUAGUCAGAGGCUCUGGACAGACUCCGGUGAUCAUUCACGACGGUUUCAGCGACCCGUCUUCAUGGAACGGAUUUCUUACAGGCCAAGGUACCUCAGGGGCAAUCAUCGACCAUCACGAAUACCAGGUCUUCACCAACGAAUUUGUGGCCAUGUCACCACAAGAACACGUGGACUACGUCUAUUCUCACGCCAGCGAAUGGGCACAAGGGUUUGACAAAUUCGUUAUUUGUGGUGAAUGGACUGCUGCCAUGACUGAUUGCGCUCCUGCGUUGAACGGCUGGGGAGUUGGGGCUCGAUACGAUGGAUCCUACCAGAAGCCUUACGACUCGUCUACAUAUGUGGGAUCAUGCGCAAGUAGCAGUUCCAUCGAGCAAUGGAGCAGUGAUCAACGGUCCGCAACCACGAACUACAUCAAUGCUCAAAUCAAUGUGUUCGAGUCCAUGAUCCAAGGCUGGAUCUUCUGGAACUUCAAAACGGAAAAUGCCCCCGAAUGGGAUCUAUUCCGUUUGAUCGACAACGGGGUCUGGCCUUCGAGAUAG